AUGGACGCCGUAACCAAAUGUGUCAAUGGAAGAAGCAUCACUUUGAUCGACUAUCCCGGUUUCUUUGAUGCAGGCAGGUCUGAGACGAAGCGGAAGUGUGAGACAGUAGUGUGUAUCACAGAGAGCGCUCCUGGGCCUCAUGCUUUUCUCAUUGUGCUUAAAGUGGAGAGAUUCACAGAGCAGGAGAAGGCUUUCAUCACACAAACGUGUGAAUAUUUCUCUGAAGAUGCUCUAAAAUACGCUGUUGUGGUCUUCACUCAUGGUGACCAGCUCCCUGAAGGAAUGAAGAUGGAGGAGUAUGUUGAGCAAAGUGAAGGUCUCAGUGAUCUGGUGAAGAAGUGUGGCGGCCGGUGCCACGUCUUUGAUAAUAAAUACUGGAGGACCAACGGAGAGGACGAAUACAGAAGUAACCAGUUCCAGGUGGCAGAGCUGCUCAACACCAUAGAUAAAAUAGCGAUGGAAAACAAAAGAGAAUACUACACAGAUGAAAAGUUGCAAGAAGUAGAGAGAAAACUACAAGAAAAGGAAGGGAAUAUUAGGCACUCAUUGGGAAACAUGUCACAGGAAGAGAUAAGGAAACAGGCUGUAAUUAACAUCCUAAAGAAGCAGAAGAGCAAUGCAGCACGAACAUGGAUCAGAGGCUUAGUGGGGUUCGCAGUCAUAGCUGGGCUAGUGGCAAGUGUCUCAGCUGUGCUGUUAAAUUCAAGAUCUGGGAAGGUGUUAAAGGCAGCCCCAAUAUGUAAUAAAGAAAUCACAGCAGAAGCAUUGGCAGACGUGGUGGCAGAAAAAGUAGCAGCUUUAGACGUGGCUUCACCAGCCACUGGAAUAGCAGAGGCAGUUGAGGUAAUAACCACACCAGUGAGUGUAAUACAAAAGACAUUUGAAGUUGUCAUGGACAAACUUAAUGCUUUGUAUGAAAAAAACGUAUAAUCCUUGGAAUCUAUUUGAAUGAAUAAAAAAAUAACAGCAGGUAUAAGUCUUAAUAGGGUGACAUUGACAUGUAAGUUGUUGCAAUCAUAUACAGUUAAUUUCAAAUUCUUGUCAUUUUUUUCUUAAGUGGUAACUUGUCAAAUAUAGUUAUUAUUAUCAGGUUAGUUUAAGGUUUAAUUAAUAUGUCUGUUUAGGUCUUUAACCUUAUGGAAGUCCUUGCAUCUGUGCUUUAAACUAUGUGCUGGUUCCUGUCACCUGAUAAGAGAACCACUGUGAUUACUUUUCUUAAAAUACUGAGGAAAUAAACCGUAAAUAGAGAAGGAAACUGUAUAAAGAAGAUUUAACAAAAUGGAAAUACAUGUUUCACAUUCAAAUUAACUAAUGAUCUGAAAUCUCUAAGUAGUAGUUGGGUCUAUGAUUUGGGGUUGUUACAUAGGAGCAUGCCAACACAAGCAGUCUUGCCUUGAGGAACACUAAAACUGUACAAACUGUGGUAAAUGUCUCCUGUAGCUCUGAUGGAAGUUUCCAAAGUAAAUCCACCAACUUU